AUGGUGCAAACUCCACUCUUAUCCUCUCUCCCUCCCACCUACUUGCGCACCCCCAAAUCGCUUGCCUUUCCUCAGCCAUCUGGUUGCCCUAGCUAGCUGGCUCGCCGGCCUGCUGCUGCCGUGCGCACACGCGCGCUAUGCGGGCAAUAGGUACGGCGAGGGAGAGCCGGCAGCCAUGAGCAGAGACAUCGACGAAGGGAGCGUUUCGGCGGCGACAGCAGGAGGAGGAGGAGGGGAAGUGGGUGACGAGCCGGUGGCCGGCGUCAGCGACGAGGCGGCAGUCGACUCGCACGAGAACGACUUGGUGAUGCCGGGGUUCCGGUUCCACCCGACGGAGGAGGAGCUGAUCGAGUUCUACCUCCGGCGCAAGGUGGAGGGCCGGCGCUUCAACGUCGAGCUCAUCACCUUCCUCGAUCUCUACCGCUUUGACCCAUGGGAGCUCCCCGCAAUGGCGGUGAUUGGGGAGAAGGAGUGGUUCUUCUACGUGCCCCGGGACCGCAAGUACCGGAACGGCGACCGGCCGAACCGGGUGACGGCGUCGGGGUACUGGAAGGCGACGGGGGCCGACAGGAUGAUCCGCGGCGAGAACAGCCGGCCCAUCGGCCUCAAGAAGACGCUCGUCUUCUACUCCGGCAAGGCCCCCAAGGGCGUCCGCAGCAGCUGGAUCAUGAACGAGUACCGCCUCCCGCCGCCCACCACCGACGCGGAUCUCUUCUACAAGUCCGAGAUCUCGCUCUGCCGCGUGUACAAGCGCUCCGGCAUCGACGACGGCCACGGGAGGCCCUCCUCCAGCAAUGCCCAAGCGGCCUCGGCGAGGCCGGGCACCUCACGCACCAUUAUUCCGCCGGCUGGCCAGCAGGUAUCAUCACCGUCGUCCACGCCGCUGUCACCGACGCAGCAGCCCAGCUUCCACGGCAUACUCGGCCAAGGCGAGUGCUCGUCGGCGCCGCUGCCAGCCAUCAUGGACCAGGCCACCCCGCACAAUAAUGCUCCGCAGCUGCAUCAGCCGCCGCCUCCUCCUCCCCCGAGGGCGAGCGCCUUUGCGUCGGCGAUGAGCUCAACGAUGUCGGUUGCGCCGGCCGCGAGGGGCUGCACGUACUCGCUCAUGGCCCUGGCAGACGCACCCAUGAUGGGCAGCAGUUCCACGCCGGGGGACGAGCUGAGCCGGCUGGUGGGCCACAGCCAGGCCUACCCUAACCACCCGGCCGUCGGCAGCCACUUCCCCCCCUCACCGUCGUCGUCGCAAAUUCCGCCCCUCGGAGAGAUGCCGGUGUCGCCGGCCGACAAGCUUUGGGAUUGGAUCCACCCUGACACCUCAGGCAGCAGGGACUACGGAAGUUCUAGUUUUAAAUGACUCCAAAACCAAGUAAAUGCAGGCUUGAGAGGAGGUUGCAUUGCAUAUGCCAGUGGGCAGUGGCACUAUGCAUAAUUCGUAGGUUUUCGCAGCCACGGUUAACUCUGAAAACCAUCAACCUAGACUUUACAUUAUACCCUUUCACCACUCUUCAGCAAGUGGUAUAUAUGAUUCAGAACUAAAUUAAGAUAUAUAUAGCACUGAUGUUGUAAGCACAAGUUUGUGUUCAGUCAGUCUAAACGUUCAGCUUCA